ACCAUGUUAAAAUCAAAAUAGUGACAUGCUAUAAUGUGUAUCGGCCUGCCCUAACUUGGUGUGUGUGUGUAGUCUUGUAAGUGUUGGUAUGUCUUUUGCAAAUUGGCUCCAAAUAUUGCUCUCCUUCUCAAAAUUACCAAAGUGAAAUAUGUACAUCAGUUGCUAGCAGGGCCGGACUGGCCAUAGGGGAUACCGGGAGAAUCCCUGGUGGGCCGACGGGGUUGGGAUGGUCCAAAACACCGGCCCACUUCCAUUACCAACCGGCCCUCUGACAUCGCCAGCAUCUCAUAUUAUUUCACGUCACAGCUUGAAUACGUAAAAAUAGUUCUCAGACCUUUUGAGGUCUAGAUUCACUGACUGAUAAUUAUACUGCUCCUUGCGAUCUGUAUUUACACUCAUGGUGCCGAUUUUUCAAAAAUGUUCUGACCUGUCUUCUGAAAUGUGUUCUUACGGACUUUACGUUAAACGGAAGUUUAACGUAAGAAAUUCAACAUAUAUGAUGUAAUUUCUUUGUAAUCAUCCAAAAUAAUGCUAAGUGUAUAUGGGUAUUUUUCCAAGUAGGGCAAUGACUGGUCGACACGUGCGAUCGAUGCAUUUAGUGGACAACGUGUUUUGAGUGGGCCGCGCACCGUUUACUGAGUGGGCCGGUCUGACAGUAAAACUCCCGGGCCACUUUUUCCCCCCAGUCCGUCCCUGGUUGCUAGCAACAGAUUAAAAAGGUUCAAAGGUUUGAGCCUAAGGCACAUCUAGUGGUAGAGCACAAGGCAGCAUGCUCAACUUUCAAAUGGUCUUGUGAUAAGCUAUAUCUCUGCUCUUGGACCUCAUCAUGAGGGCUAUAAAAGCAGCCCUAGUUUCUGAGGGAAAUCUGUAGGUCAUGGAUGGGCAGUGGGAGAAGUGUCGAACAGUGCUGGUAACUGGUGCCAAUCGUGGUAUUGGUCUGAACUUGGUCAAGGCUUUGGUAAAUGGCAAGUUUACACCAGAGAUCAUUAUUGCCACGGCGAGGGAUCCCGGAGGGGCUGAGGAAUUGCAGGAGUUGGCGAGUAAACAUUGCAGUAUCCACAUUGUGAAACUAGAUGUCAUUGAUCAGCAGGCAAUAUUUCAAGCAGUUCAGUGCACAUCAUCUCUUGUUGGGGAGAGAGGACUUAACUGUCUGAUUAACAAUGCUGGAAUCAACCUGAGAGAUUCCCUAGAAGAGGUCACUGCAGACACCAUGAUGUCCAACUACCAGAUCAAUACUGUGGCGCCACUGAUGAUAAUAAAGGCUUUUCUGCCCCUACUGAGGAAAGCAGCAAAGCAGACUACUGGCUUUGGGAUUGGAAGGGCGGCUGUGGUCAACAUUUCCUCUUGCCUGGGCUCAAUACAACAGACUUGGGAAGACGGGGCUGAAUACAGAUGCUACCCUUAUCGUGCAUCAAAGGCUGCCCUGAACAUGGUGAGCAGAUGUGUAGCCUUUGACCUGGAGCCAGAGGGCAUUCUGUGCUGCUCUCUGCACCCAGGCUGGGUCCGCACUGACAUGGGUGGCCAGGAGGCCCCUCUAGGAACAACAGAGAGUGUGGAGGGGAUUCUAUCAGUUCUUGGUGGUGUUAACAGAAACAGCAACAGUCUGCUUUUGGACUGGACAGGCCAGAAGUUACCCUGGUGAUGCAGAUGUCAUACUGAAACCUCAGUUGCUCCCAAUGUUUUGGUAUCUGGAAUGUUAUUGGCAGCAAAUAAAUGUCAGAAUGCUAAAUAAACAAGGGGUUUAUGGAA